AUGCACCUCUUUCAUAACACACCAGACACAGAGUUAGAGUCAAAGAAACUCUCUACAGUCCGUAAUACAAAGGCAAUAUUUGACAUUGCAUGCACAUCACCUACUAUGUUGGAAGCAAGCACCGAUCUAGCCUUCUAUGAUACUAUGAUUUCGGCUCUUACCAACUGUAGUGUUUGUGGAUUCAAAGAAAGUCUGCAAUACACCAUCAAGUUUUUACGGAAAAGUGGUAUUUGCGUAAAUGAGAACGGCUCAGACUUGUGUAGCAUCAUGAAUGGUGUCCUUGAACAUGAUGUGCGCAUUGGAACCAAACAACACUCGCACCAGGUAUCUCCAAAAGGAUUACUGCUGCUGUAUUGCUUUGCCGAGUACUUCAAUUGUACUGUGUUUCUGUUCUCGACAAGAAAGAAGCCAACAAUCAUCAAGCCUGCGGAAAGGGACGGUGCCACUAGAAAAUUCGCAGCACUGUUAUCUCAUCAAGAUUCUUACAUGCAAAAGGCAACCUGGUUCUCCCUGACACGCAAAGAUGGGUUCACUCCUAAUCCUUCUGCCUUUAAAGCUCCUUCCUCUCAUGCAAAUGUCAGUAAUGACAUUGUAGCGACAAAGUUCAUAGAAGGCUCCAAGAAAACAAUACACAAGAGAACCUUUUCAGAUGACGAGUUAGACAGGAAAGUCAUGAAGCUGCUCAAGAUUCAAGUUUAUCAAGCAUACCAGCGCAAAUGGGAAGAGUUCCUGAAAAGGUCAGGGCCGUCCAAUACCGUUGAAGACUUUAAGAAGUCUCUUUCCACUAAGUCAUUGCCCAACAAGGUAGUGUCCAACGUGCAUGUAGUGAUGGAAAAGGAGCUGGGAGACAUACAACCAGGUUGGACUCAAAAGGUAGUUGCCCGAUUACGACAGGCGAAGCAACUCUCCACUACAAAAUGCAUUGAAUCGUUCUGUGAAGAGUUGAAGAAGAAGCUAGAGACGGCACAAGCUGCUGAGCCAAAGACUGGUGAAUCAAGUGCUAGUGGAUCAAAUACUGGUGAAUCAAGUGCUGCUGAGCCGAAGACUGGUAGAUCAAGUGCUGAUAAAUCAAGUGCUGAUAAAUCAAGUGCUGGUAAAUCAAGUGCUGGUAAAUCAAGUGCUGGUAAAUCAAGUGGUGGUGGAUCAAGUGGUGGUAAAUCUAAGAACGAUGAACCUGAAGUUGAUGAUGAUAAACCCACUGGGUCAGAAGCAGGCGGUGCUGGAGCUGGUGGUGCUGGAGCUGGUGAGGCAACUGGUGGAGCGAUGGUUGAUCCAACCAUAGAGCUUCGAAGUGUAUCUCGUUCUCUGAAGGCCAUAAUUCAUCCUCGUUUUAAUUACGGAGUCUUUCUUGGAGUGAUUACGGAUUUCCAAGCUAAUUGCCACUCAUGCAUUCGCGGCUUGUCGAAGGCUGUUGGUAUGCUGGUCGAUUUGGUCUUGGCUGGUCAACAAGCGACACAGAAAAAGAUGUCUUUCUUUGACAUCAAAGCUGUUGAUUUAUUUGAUUGUGGUUUGAGCAAGAGUGCCAAGCCCAUUGCAAUUAUUGACGACAUCAGUGUCAGUGUUCAGGAAUUAUUCGUUUAUAGUGGCUUCUGGAAAAGCUUAUCAUUUUGUAUUGGACGAAAAAACGUGGACAAAACAAAAAUCCCCCUUCUCACAAGAAUUCAAGAAGACUUGGAACGCACUGAUUACGUCGACUUUACAACACGACCUGCCCUGCAAGAGGCAUGUAGAAUAUAUCACACAAACUUCUCAAACAUUUACUCCAAAAGGAACUGCCAAGCGGUGCUGAAGACAGUGAUCAACUUGGUGCUCAAGGUCAACUUGUGUCGACAGCGCAUUUUUGGAGAGAAGAAGAAGAAGAAAACAUAUAAUCGCAAGCAGAGAAAAAGAUCAAAGCCGCAGUCAGAACAAGCAAAGAAGAAGCAAGCAAUGGAAAAACUUUUUUGGCUUUUGGACUGUGAUCAUCGGGUGGAUCAACGCAUAGACAAGCAAUUAGGCAUCAUCUUUUCAAACAACAAGAAGAAGCCAGAAUCAAAGGAACCUGCUGCUGCCACAACUACUGGUGCAUCAUCUCCUGUUUCCCGUAAAGGCAAAUCGCGCAUGUCCGCAACAUCUUCACCGCAACCAUUGUCUACUACGGAUGCUGCGCAAGACAUUGAGUUGCUUGAUAGUGACGACAGUGAUUUGGAAAGUGUCUUGGAUGAUGAGCUACAAGAGGAAAAGGAAAAUCGUGAUUUGACAGCCAAGGAGAUCAAUGCUUUGACGUCUGUAUCCGUGAUGCUUUGCCAAUCCCCCUCCAUCAAAGGUGAUACUUCCUCUGAAUACAUCAAGAAGCAGUUGUACCCCGACAAGAGAGACUCUAUUCCAGCUAGUGCCCUUGAUUGCUGCUGCACGAUCAUCAAUGCCAUCAAAUCUCUUGUUCCUAAGGAAGAUUCCCCCCCUCCAUACAAGUGGUUUGGUUUGUUUCAGUUGCACAAUAUUCUUGUUACUUUCCACCCUGGCCUUACAAGGAAGAACGCGAGAAGUCUCUUUCCAACUAUAGAGGACACGCCGAGUCAAAAAAUGGCAAUUGCGCUCGAUCCCGUAACCUUGUACUUGUUAUUCAGCAAACAGUACCACAUUUACCUAAAGGACAAAUCUGCGUUCACCUCCUGCUCAAUGAUCAAAUCAAUUGAAACAAAGCAGGAUAUCUUUUCAAAUUUUUUUGACGUGCCCAAGAUCAAGAAAAUUCUGAAAGAACAAAAGCUCGACUUCAAGCAUUAUAUCAAAUUCAAAGACCAAUACAAUGUUCAUCUGGUGGGUUCAAGAGAGAAAAAACACAAUAAUGGCUCCAAUGGCUCCAAAUCGGGUGAGAACAGGUCGAGUGCCUCCGAGUCCAGUGUAAACAGGUCAAGUGCCUCCAAGUCUGAUGUGGACAAGGUGAAAAAACUCUCCAGUGAUAUCAAAGAAACAAAGAAGCAGUUGUCCUCACUGUCAAGGCAGCUUUCAAAACUGCAACGACAUCGCAUGGACUGUGGCAAUGAAUCGCGCUCCUGGGAGAAGAAGCACAACAGCAUGAACUUUGAGCUAUACAAAAAGUUGAAAGAUGCUAGAAGUGAUUACGAUAAAUUGUACAUGAAAGUGUCAAGCUUGAAGUCAUCGAUAAAGCAAAUGUCCAGUGAGAUGUACAUUUUGAACAAAAGGAUCCACGGUCAACAAGUACAUCAAGCUGCUGCUGAUGCCAUGCCAAAGCCAUUGGCUGUUGACAGUAACACUAUCGUUCAAGGCACUGACCCUGGUGUGGUGACCACCGCCAGUAGUGUAUGGUGCUCUUCUCUCACUCUUUUUGAGUCGAUCAAUCGGUUUCAAAUGCUGCAAGAUUAUUCUGACACUGCAACCUCUCUUGGAAACGAAGAAACAUUCGUCAAGUAUGAAAUGACAGCCAACAAAGUCGAUAAUGCUGUCCUCUCCAAUAGGCGAAAGAAGAGGAAGAAGUCAUCAGUCAAGAAGCUACAGAAAGGAAGGGCAACUGGACGAAUCCGCUUGAAGAAACUUCACCAACAUUUGGUAGCCAGUGAAGCCAGAUCUGCUGCAACCAUGUCCACCUUCAACAAGCCAAAGAUGAUUUCCUUCAUAGGAAACUGGCAUCGCAAUACUCAGUACCUCCGUGGCCACAGCACUCGAAGUAUGAAGCCGUACAUGUCAACGCUGUCCACAAGAAGCACAGUCAGAUUGGUGGACGAAUACAAUUCUACAAAAAUUUGCUGCUCAUGUUUCAAGGAGACACAGAAACAACAGGUGCGUGGUGAGGAUAAUAGAAUGAAGAGGAACCUCGGUGCCGUUACAUGCUUUAACCCUGAGUGUCCAAAAAGGCUGGCUAAACAAACUACCAUGAAUCGUGAUGAGCAAGGAGCGAGUAACAUUGCCCUCAUUGGUUUUUCGGCACUGGUCUCACUUGACAACAAGGUGUUGCCUCCUUUCAGUCGAGUUCAAAAUCCUGAUAAGUAA